AUGGCACAAUUCCGAACGCAUACCAAGGUUACUGGAGCCCCAGACUAUGAUGACCCAAAAUUUUGGGAUGUUCGGUUCGCGACUGGCCAGGACGUGGGCGAAUGGCUCAACUCGGGCGAGGUGAUAAUUGAGGCAGCCUUGGCUAGCUUGGAAUGCACAGGGGUAGAAAGCAAAAGACCCCGGGUCUUGCACUUAGGCCCUGGCUUAUCCCAGUUAGGCGCAAAACUGCGAGAUGCUUGUCUUGAUCGGCAAUGGAUGGCCAAUGGCAUCGUGAAUGUAGAUUUUUCCGCCGAGGCUGUUCGACAGGGUCUAGAAGCUGAAUGCAAAACUCCGCCCAACCAAGCAAUGCAUUGGCACCGCGCUGAUCUUCUCUCGUGGAACGAUGUCUCUGACAUUUCUCCUUUCGCGCCUUUUGAUGUCAUUCUCGACAAAAGCACUAGCGAUGCCAUUUCGACCUGUAGCGACCGUAAAAUCUCGACAACAGACGCUGAAUCUCUCUGUCCCACGGUUGAACAGAUUCUAUCCACAAACCCCGUCACCAAUCUUUCUCCAGUGGAGCUUCUUGCCUUACAUUUGGUCCCGCUGACGCGAAAGGACACCACAUGGAUCGCGCUUUCAUAUUCGACUCUGCGGUUUGACAACCUUCCUCUUCUGGGGAUGUAUUGGAAACUCCGCUCGCGCACCCCAUUAAAAGCACCUGCUGGGCGUGUCUCUUCGUCCGCCUAUACUCCUGAAGUGUUUCACUGGUUAUAUAUCCUGGACCGUAAAUAA